AUGGAGAGCCAUACUACUACAGCACCAUUUCUGUCAUUAGAGGUACAAGCUAGCUCUACCCAGGGAUCGACAUCACAGGUAGCCGCCAGUACUGCAUCAAAUGAUUCCAACGUAUCUGAUGAUUUCUCUUUCAUUGGAAGCACCCCAUCCACGGUUUUAUUCUUUAUUGCACUAGCUGUGGGUGUUUUUAUAGCAUUGGUGUUUGUGUUUUUCACAAUAAGGUAUUUUAUUCGAUCAAAGUAUGGUAUUGCUGUCUCCCCCUUGGGUAGAAGAAGUCCUUAUACGCCUUCAACAUUUGGUAAUGCUGGAGCUAUCAACAAUCAGGCGUUCAUUCAUGUUUUCACGCCUGAGGAAAUCCAAGAACAACUAAGUUUCAUGCGGGAUCAUAAUCAUACAAGAGCCAAUAUUAUAGAAGAGACUUUGGCAUUCAGAGAAGGCCGUUUUCAGCGAGAAAGAAGAAGACAUAAUAGAAGAAGAAGACGGAGAAGAAGAUUUAGUAAAAUGAAAAAGCUAACUGCUGAUGAAGUUGAGAAAUUGUUUCCUCAAAAGACGUAUUAUGAUUGGUUAAAUGGAGGUAAAGAAAGAGACGUUGAAAAGAGAGAUGGAAUGCUAAAAGAAGAAUCGGACGAACAAGGAGUUGUCGAAGUAGUUAAAGGUACUGAUGACAGUGGGUCGGUAAACACCCUUUAUACUGCACGUGAGCAAGUGGGGAUGGAUUUGGGUAAUGACAUCGAGUUAAAACGCAUGGAUGAAGCUGUAACACGAGUGGAAACAGAUAACGAUAUCACUGAUGAGGAUCCUAAAGUUGGUGGUAGCACAGCAUCGCAAAUCGAAGCUAUUGAACUGACACUGGAAAAGCGAGCUGAAACUGAGACUGAAACUCAUGGUCUACAUUUUGAUUCUGGUUCUUGUGCGAUUUGUUUGGAAAUGCUUGAAGAUGAGGAUGUUGUACGUGGAUUAAUUUGUGGACACGUUUUUCAUGCAAUUUGUCUUGAUCCAUGGUUAACCAAAAGACGUGCUUGUUGUCCAAUGUGCAAACGUGACUACUUGUUUAAAAGGGAUUACCAACAAGAUAACGAGACAACUGAGGGUGCCAAUGGGAAUGAUAAUGGAGGUUCUAAUGAAAGCUCCAACAAUGCUGAUUCAUCAAACGAGAACAACGACAGAGAAGAAGCAGACGACGCCAAUGAUGAAGAUCUUGAAAGUAUCGAUCUUGAGGAGAUUCAACGUGACCCCGCCCUUCAAGCAUUUCUUCAAGACUUGAUACCGAUGUCAGAAAGAGCGAGAUUAGUCUUGAAUGACCCACAAUAUGUUGAUAUAAAUCUCGAAGAGAGAGCUAAGGAAAUGACUAGGAAAAAAUAUGGAAGAUUUUUCAAGAUAAUCAUUUGGAAGUUGUUGGGUAUAAAUAAACUGGAUUUAUUUUACUGGUCGGUUCUUACUAUAGCAAGUGAACACCGACGUACUCUACAAUUGGAGGAGUUGCAACGAUCAGGAAUGACGAAUGUUGGAAAUUCUGAAUCAUCAGGAGACGGAAAUCUCAAUGGUGAUACCGAAGCUGCAAAUGGUGCGACAAAUCAACAUGCUGAACACCCUUCUACGUCAAACCGUGCAUAUGCUGGUCAUACAGAGGUUGACUUUGCUGAUGCGUCUAGAAGAGAAGUAGUGGAUAAUCGAGUUUAA